AAGCCGUUAUCAAGAUACGAGCAUACAUCACAUUUUGGGAAAACAGUCGACGUGUAUGCAAGGUAAACAUCAGUAUUAGAUAAAGUCGUGAGUGAGGGGCAGGGGAGCCAGUUAGCGCGUGCGCGUUGGUUCAGCGCGAUAGAGCGCCCCUCGGCCUUGUCUUCUGUCGUCGAACGCCGCGAUGAACAGCCGCCAGCUCCGCCGCCUGCUCGCCGCCCGACCCUCGCUAGCUCUCCCGGAAUGCGUCCGAACACGCCGCUAUAGUCAAGUGAGACCGGUAUAUGUCAUAGAGCGACCUAAAUGGCGAAAUUCAACACCGAAUUUCUACGCCCUUCAGUCGAUAGAUAUGAGAGCCUACUCUUUCGUGCACAACCUCGAUCCGAUAUUGGUACGCGAGGGCUCCCACAAAAAUGCCGACGACGUGUUAUUUGACAUGUUCAAAAAUGACGAAACUGGCCUUCUUCCAGUUGGAAAGUUUUUGGCUGCUUUAAGAACAACGGGGAUUAGAAAGAAUGACCCACGUGUUAAGGAAGUAAUGCACAACUUGUACAAAGUGCAUAAGGAAUCUAAUUUUGAGAGCGGCUCGCCCGAAACAUUGAAAUUGGAUAGAAAGACAUUCAAAGAGGUUAUAGCACCAAACAUUGUUCUGAUAACGAGAGCAUUUCGCAGUCAAUUCGUCAUACCAGACUUUCAGGACUUUAUAAAAGACGUAGAAGAAAUCUAUUGGGCAGCUAAAAGUAACACAGACGGCAAGGUCGCUAGCUACAUACCUCAGCUCGCGAGAGCGUCAAAUGAAAACUGGGGAGUGAGUGUAUGCACGAUAGAUGGGCAAAGGUUUUCAAUUGGUGACGUCAACGUACCAUUCACGUUGCAGUCAUGCAGCAAGCCUCUCACAUACGCUAUGGCUCUUGAAACACUGGGACCUGACGUAGUCCACAAAUACGUUGGCACCGAGCCCAGCGGCCGAAACUUCAAUGAACUUGUCUUAGAUUACAACAUGAAACCGCACAAUCCUAUGAUAAAUGCGGGUGCUAUUUUAGUAUGCUCAUUAUUGAAAACGCUCGACAAACCGGAAAUGACAUUGGCGGAAAAAUUCGACUAUGUUAUGUCAUUCUUCAGUCGUCUCGCUGGCCAUGAAGUUUUGGGCUUCAAUAAUGCUGUAUUUUUGUCUGAGCGCGAAGCCGCGGAUAGAAACUACGCGUUAGGAUUUUACAUGCGUGAACACAAAUGCUAUCCCGAUAAAACUAAUCUUCGUGAAUGCAUGGACUUCUACUUCCAGUGUUGUUCAAUGGAGGCGAAUUGUGAUAUAAUGUCAAUCAUGGCGGCUACUUUAGCUAAUGGUGGAAUAUGUCCCAUUACUGACGAGAAAGUUCUGAGGCCGGAUUCCGUCCGCAAUGUGUUAUCCUUAAUGCACAGCUGCGGCAUGUAUGACUACUCGGGACAAUUCGCUUUCAAAGUGGGACUGCCAGCAAAGUCAGGAGUGUCGGGAGCUAUGCUCAUUGUUGUUCCGAAUGUUAUGGGCAUCUGCACUUGGUCUCCGCCUCUGGAUCCCCUUGGAAACAGUUGCAGGGGGCUCCAGUUCUGCGAGGAUCUAAUCAUGCGUUUCAACUUCCACAAAUACGAUAACAUUCGUUAUGCCAGUCACAAAAAGGACCCGCGUCGUUACAAAUUUGAAUCUACUGGCCUCAGCAUCGUGAAUCUCUUAUUCUCCGCCGCCAGUGGUGAUCUCAGUGCUCUAAGAAGGCAUCAUCUCUCCGGUAUGGACAUGACGCUUUCUGACUACGACGGGCGUACAGCAUUACAUCUGGCUGCAGCCGAAGGACAUUUAUCUUGCGUUGACUUCCUCCUCGCUCAAUGCUCGGUGCCUCACGACCCUCGAGACCGUUGGGGCAGUCGUCCAUUGAACGAGGCCGAGACAUUCGGACACACAGCCGUAGUCCAAUACUUGAAGGAAUGGGAACGCACACAUCCCAACGGAACAGAAGAUAAAUCCGAAUCGGCCGUCGACGCCAUCCUCGAGGUGAAUCCGGAAGCAAACGACGCUGUCAAAGAUCCGAGCAUACAAGAAAUAGUUACGCGAAACGGGGAUAAAGUGCAGUAAAUCUCAUAAAAAGCCAAAAUAAUGUGUAUUGUUCCAUGUUAAUGUUUAAAACGUAUUUGAUGUGUAGUAUAUUGGUGGCGUAAAGGCCGCUUACCCGAUUCAUAUUUAAUAUCGAUCAUCAAUACCUUUUAAGGAGCAAGUUGUCCUUGUUAAUGUAGCGAUUUCCAUUGUUCUCUUGACUUUAUGAUACGGCACGACAUAUACUUUCUCUUUUAAUUUGAUCCAUAAAUUGUUAUCACCCUUCCUUUCUUCCUCUUCCUUUUUUAUUUCACAUGUAAAAUUGUGGUGUCGUAUCAUUAAUAACAAUACAACUAAAGAUUCUUCUAGUCGAAUUUUUGAGAAAAAAAGUAGAUAUUUGACUAUAGUAAAAAUAGGAAAUCGAAACAAUACUACGAUAUACUUUUUUGUAAUUGAUUCUAUUUAUAUUUUUGUGCUCUAUUUUAAUUUUAUGAACUUUUACAAUUGUUUUUGGCUGUGAUAAACUUUCGAAUGACAUACUUCUACUUUACAUUUUAUUUAUUGUUUGUUCAUAUGUGUCUAGUAUAUAAGUAGAUAGAUCACAGGCAUUUAAUAUAAAAGUAUAUUUUAAAAUUGAUGUUCCAUUCUAUUACAGGAGUUUAUAAGUCUUUCUAAGAUCUGAUGUUCUGGAUCAUGUUUCCGCUUAUCAUAUUUACCAUUCCUACUUUUGUAGCGUGUGAUUAUGUAAAGGUUGGUUGCUUCUAUUAUUCAAUUACAUAUAAGUGUGUUCAAACCAAACAUAUAGACAGCUGUUGACUAUGAACAUCACAGUGAGCCUUCUUAUACUCAGCAGCUGUCAAUAUAUUUGUUUUGAAUAUUUAAAACAACUUGUUCUACUUUAAAACUACUAAGUAGAGAAAGUUACAGGAAUUUGAGUCAUAAAUGCAUCUCAGAUGAAGACAAUAAGUAUCUUAAAUAGUAAAAGCUGAAUAUUGUAGUAGCUUUGUGGUUAUUCCUGCCUCCAAAUAUAUAUGUCAAUUAA